GGCUCAGAAGUAUUUUUUUUUCUGGUCGUUCGCGUGCUGUCACGGUCUGUAAAAGGAGGCGAAAAAAAGGCGAUGAGUAUUUUCGCCAUCUUGUUUUUUAAUGAUUCUGAUGCAAAGCCUCGAAUAACGUCAUUUCCAACAAAGUACGCAGUUACAAAAUCCCAACCCACACCCAAUUACACGCCUACCCACUUGUACAUUAUCGCUACACACUUUCGUGACCGUGUCGGUGACUCUACACCUUAAGAAGAAAGACGAACUUUUCAACCGAAUCGGUCCCUGCAAACGAACCCAUCCUAUUUCUACACCGUUUGAUGCAAAAUGCCACCGAAGAACAAGGUAAGCACAACCACCAACUCCAAAAAGCAAGGCGGGAAGGCAGUUGCGGUUCCCGUCGCAGGGGAGCAAGGUCCGGCUUUUCGCAGCUUUCAUUGGCGCAGUCACCGGAUUGAGUUUUUCGUCUACAGCAAAGGAGGUCCACGAGCGAGCGUCAAUACGACGGUAUGCGCGCACGUGACGGAAAAAGGUACAACUGGAGCCAGCAAAAGUACCGGUAUUAACAAGCGUGCCGCAGCAGCGAAGGCGACCCCCAACAAAGCUGACGUGAUCCAUGCAAAAGAGGAGAAAGAACUCAAGCGCCAGGUCGAGAAGCGGCUCGGACAACCGCCCGGCAGUCUCGACGACUAUCUGAAUGAGCUCGGAAUAUGGCGCAGUUCAGAUGUGCCUGUGCCGGCCGGUGGUGGAACAACGACCAGCAGCAAGCCGUCGCCGUCGCUGGCACCUGCGAAUAAUUACGCCUUUGCUGAAAGCGCAACCGGCUACGUGGGUACGAAAGAAGGGGAGCAAAACGAAAUACGGAACACAUUGCCAAAGCCCUCGCCGACUCGCGUGUUUUCUACUUCGCAGAGAUCUUCAGACCUGACACCGCACGACCAGAGGGAAGAUUCGUUCCUCUUCAAGAGUUCACUUUCGUUUGGGACUAGCGCAGCAUCCAGCGCCGGGAGCUUUGGCUCCUCUGUGUUCGGAGCUCCCGGGGUCUCGUCCGGCCGCGGAGCAACAGUUUUUGGAGGUAGUACUACUAGUACAACCGCAGGCGGAUCUACUACUACUUCAAGUGGUAUCUUCCCAAAAAAUACAAUUCCGCAGCCAAUACAGCACAACUCGGUAUUUUUCGGCGCGGCGCCGUGCGGUGCCUCCAGUAGCAGUAGUAGUAGUGCAUCACUCGCCGGCGGGAACAUUUUCCUGGGAUCAACUUCUGGACAAACACUUCUACCCGGUGGUGGUAAAGGUGGGAAGCCAUACGCUGCCGGGGCUUCCGCUAGUCGAAGUACCUUCGUUCCUUUUACAAACGCAGGAUCUCAUCACGAGCCCGUAAACCGGUCACCCCGGCUAAGUCCGGUCGGCGUUGUUCCAGGUUCUCCUGGUGGAACAUCUUUGAAGAUGAACAGUGUGCCAGAUGUAAUCCCGCAACGCACGACGAAAUUGAGUCCAGCGAGAAACGUAUCAACUUCGAGUGUUGAUGUAAAAACCCCGCCAGCGCCAACAUCGUCCUCCAAUGUGGGUACGGGAAGCGAGCAGGCGAGUGAGGACGAUAAUGCACUAAAGGCGAACGGGAUGACCACCGGGCCACCCACGAAAAGGCAGAAGACGUCGGGUAGAAGUAAUUCCCCGUCCUCGCGCGCAGCACUUGCGAACCGCAUAGGAGCCGUGCGAAUAGCCAGCGUCGACGAGGCAUUGUCCAUUCUUGGCCUCCCGAACAUGCCCCGCGAAAAAAGUGCACUCACCACUGCCUGGCGCCGCAAGGCGCGCGAGUGCCACCCAGACAAGUCCUCGGUCAAAGAAACCGCCUCGGAGCACAACUUUCAGCGCGUGCAGAAGGCGUACUCCUUUCUGGAAAAGCGAGUGAAGUGAGCAAGUGGGUAAAUUCUACCUCGAGAGUUUGUUUACUAGCGCUUAUUAAUUCUUUUAUUUGGUCUUAUGAUAGAUUGAUACUUACCUUACGUUUGUUUCAAGCUGUUUGUCGUUCUCUCUAUCGUUUGGGUUUGUCGUUGUUUCUUGACACGUUCAAAAAAAUAUUCCAGUUGAUCUGGAAAACAAAAAGAUGCGGCAAUAUGAUCUCGAAGUACAGUAGAACUGCGCAGUCUCACGAGGCUUCUUCUUAAGUUCGAUCUGGCGCCAGCCCUCCUGGAAGGAAAGAAACUUC